GCGUUGUCUGUUGUGGUCGCUCCGCACGUGACGUACACUUGUCCAGCCACCACCACCACUUGUUCUUUCCCUUCCCUUCCUUCGCCUCCGCUUCCUCCUCCUCCUCCUGCCCCUCCCCCACCCCCACCCGUCGGGACGCCUCCCCACUUUCCCCUCCCCCGGAUCCGCAUGGCGCCUCUGCAGCCCGCGCCGCUCGGCCUCCCGUAGCCGACGCCCGGCCCCGUCCCAGGUGCGUGUCGAGCGGAUCCGUGCCGCCCCUCCCUUCCCCCUUUGUUAACUUGGAUGCGUGUCUCGGCGCGAUUCGUGCUGUCGGACCGGCGGUUCGGCUCGCCGGAGGCGGGAAUGAGGGUUGUUCAGCUGGGUAGACGCGUUUCAGCUCGUAUCGUGGCGGGAUUCGGUGGGGGAGGACGCGGUUCUAAGCUGUGAUUUGGCCUCGAAAUUAUUUGGGAUUUCGGUGUCGACUGUCGAGAGGUGCCUCCUUCCGAGCAUCCUAAUCCUGAAUAAAAGGCUCAUCUUUGCACAGAGUCAUUGGAGGAAGUUUGAUGUUUCAGCAGUACUGUGACCUUUAUUAGAUGUCUUUCCGCAGCAUUGUGCGUGAUGUAAGAGAUGGCUUUGGGAGCUUGUCUCGAAGAGGGUUUGAGGUGAAGUUUCUGGGCCACCGCCGAGGCAGAUCUCACGGUGCUGUCCAUGAGCUGCGUGAUCCAGCCCCAGUGAUCCAGAGCAGUUGCUGGGCUAAUUUGCCCCCUGAAUUGCUUCGAGAUGUGAUUGAGAGGUUGGAGGCCAGUGAAGCCACAUGGCCUAACAGGAAGAGUGUAGUCUCUUGUGCAGCUGUUUGUCGGACCUGGAGAGAAAUCUGCAAAGAGAUCGUUAAGAAUCCAGAGUUCUCUGGAAAAAUCACUUUUCCUGUGUCCUUAAAGCAGCCUGGGCCUCGAGAUGUAACCAUCCAAUGCUUCAUCAAAAGGGAUAAAUCUACUCAAACCUACUACUUGUAUCUGUGCCUUAGCACAGCUGUGCUUGUUGAAAGUGGCAAGUUCCUCCUAUGUGCGAAACGGACCUCCCGCCCAACCUGUACAGAAUAUACAAUAUUUAUGAAUUCUGAAAAUUUAUCUAGGUCAAGCAAAAUGUACAUUGGAAAGCUGAGGUCGAAUCUCCUCGGCACAAAGUUUGCAAUAUAUGAUACCCAGCCCCCAUGCAAUGCAGCAGAACCCGGGAAAACAAGCCGUCGGUUCUACUCCCGGAAGGUGUCGCCAAAGGUCUCCUCCAGCACCUACAACAUAGCGCAGGUUUCAUAUGAGCUGAAUGUCUUGGGUACUCGGGGCCCUAGGCGGAUGAACUGUGUUAUGCACUCCAUCCCUACCUCGUGCCUUGAGGCUGGUGGCACUGUUCCCAGCCAGCUGGACAGCAUCCUUGCUCGCUCUACUGAUGAGUCAUUUGGCAGCAUUUCCUUCUCCAAGUCAUCUGUUGUGGACCGGUCUAUGCGUUUCAGCAGCUCAAGAUUCUCCGACAUCUCAAUGAGCAGCAGCCGCAGGAUUGGAGACACGGCAUCGGGAGACAAUGAUGAGUGCAAGGAGAGGCCAUUGAUUCUCCGGAACAAGGCCCCAAGGUGGCACGAGCAGCUGCAGUGCUGGUGCCUCAAUUUCAGGGGCAGGGUGACAGUCGCAUCUGUGAAGAACUUCCAGCUCGUUGCUGCCACGCAGCCCGCUGCUGGAGCACCAACCCCAUCACAGGCUACCCCAGUGCCGCCCGAGCACGAGAAGGUGAUCCUGCAAUUUGGGAAGGUGGCUAAGGACAUGUUCACCAUGGACUACCGUUACCCACUGUCAGCCUUCCAGGCCUUCGCGAUCUGCCUGAGCAGCUUCGACACCAAGCUGGCCUGCGAAUGAAGCCACCAGUCAUGGCUCAAAGUCAAGGACGAUCUGUCUGUUUCACGAAGACGGUGGCCCCAAAUUUUGCUGGGCCACCAUUCUGUUGUAUGUUGUUGAUGCCUUCUUAACUUACCUAGGAAGCUGCGUUUAGACAUUUUGCACCUGAUCUACAGCUGCUGCUGUGUUUCUGUCCUGAUCGCAUUGUUUUCCAUAGCUUUGCUCUGUGGAGCGGCAACUUGAUCUGCCCUGCCCUUAACUAGCCGGCAGGUUUAUUAAUUUGGUUUUCCAUACUAUGGUUGUAUUAACUGAGAAGAGACUCCGACACUUUCGUUGUGCCUACCUAAGUUCUGUCUGCCUUUGCCCUCUGGGAUAUGCAAAUGUGCAUCUUGUAAAAUUUCUGAAUUGCUUUUGUGGCAAGUCAUAGUAAUAAAAGAACUAGCUUCCAUUC